CACAUUUUGGGGGGAGUCUCCGUCUGCCGUGUGAGGAAGCCACAAUGUCUGACUGCAGGAGGCAAUGGAACCGGGAGGAUGAGCUGCCGGUGUACCUGGCGGGGCCGAUUACCACCGGGCCGAACCAGCGGAAAAGCUACGGCAUGUUCAGCUCCGUGGAGGGGGCGUUCGAAAGCAAGACCAUAGACUUCGAUAACUACGCGGUGGGGAGGAAAGGGAGCCGCACCCCGAGAAGCGGGAGCCGGGAGAGGGUCUUGGAUGCUGGUGAGCCCGUCGGGAAGACGUCCAGCGAGGGCCGAGAGGGGUCACUGACCAACUCGCCCGGGGAGUCAGACGAUACGCGCCCCGGUGUGGAGGUUAGAUUUUCAUCUGGGAAGGAAAGCCCAAAUGGGGAGAGUGAAAGGCUGUUGAUCAAAGGAGGGCGGGUGGUCAAUGAUGACCAGUCUCUCUAUGCAGACGUCUACAUUGAGGAUGGGCUCAUCAAGCAGGUGGGCGAGAAUCUGGUUGUACCUGGGGGUGUCAAGGUGAUCGAGGCUAAUGGGCGCAUGGUGAUCCCAGGGGGGAUAGAUGUCAACACCUGUCUGAUGAAGCAUUACCUGGGCACGCAGCCUGCUGAUGAUUUCCUCCAGGGAACCAAGGCUGCGCUGGCUGGGGGCACCACCAUGAUCAUUGACCACGUGACCCCCGAGCCUGGCGAGAGUCUGCUGGAGUCGUUUGAGCGCUGGCAGGAGGCUGCAGAUAAGAAGGCGUGUUGCGAUUAUUCCCUGCACGUAGACAUCCCCCAGUGGGAUGAGAGUGUUAAAGAUGAGUUGGAGCUGCUGGUGCAAGAAAAAGGUAUCAACUCCUUCCAAGUGUACAUGGCUUAUAAGGAUAUGUACCAGAUGUCAGACUCUCAGCUCUAUGAGGCUUUCUCCUUCCUGAAGCAGCUGGGUGCAGUGGUGUUAGUACAUGCUGAAAAUGGAGACCUCAUUGCUCAGGAACAGAGAAAAAUCCUGGGAAUGGGAAUCACCGGACCUGAAGGCCAUCCUCUAAGUCGUCCUGAAGAGCUGGAGGCUGAGGCAGUGUUCCGUGCCAUCACUCUUGGUAACCGUGUGAACUGUCCUGUCUACAUCACCAAGGUGAUGAGCAAGAGUGCAGCCGACACUAUAGCCCAGGCCCGCAGGAGAGGCUCUGUAGUUUUUGGGGAGCCCAUUACAGCUAGCCUGGUCACUGACGGCUCGCACUAUUGGAGCAAGAACUGGGCCAAAGCAGCUGCUUAUGUGACCUCUCCACCUUUGAGCCCUGAUCCCACAACCCCAGACCACCUCAACACACUGCUGUCUUGUGGGGACCUCCAGGUGGUGGGCAGUGCUCACUGCGCAUUUAGCACUUCCCAGAAAGCAAUCGGUAAAGAUGACUUCACCCUGAUCCCAGAGGGAACCAACGGAGUGGAGGAGAGGAUGGGUUUCGUCUGGGACAAGGCUGUGGCCAUGGGGAAAAUGGACGAAAACCAGUUUGUGGCGGUCACAUCUACCAACGCUGCAAAAAUCUUCAACUUAUACCCCCGCAAAGGCCGGAUAGCGGUGGGCUCUGACGCUGACAUCGUCAUCUGGGACCCUGACAGCGUCAAAACCAUCACCGCCAAACUCCAGCAGUCGGCUGCAGAAUACAACAUCUUUGAGGGUCUGGAGUGCCGCGGGGGUCCAGCGCUGGUGUUGAGUCAAGGUCGGGUGGUUUAUGAAGAGGGCAAGCUACAGGCCCAGCAGGGAACCGGUCGAUUUAUUCCCCGCAAGCACUUCCCAGACUAUGCCUACCAGCGUAUCAAGUUCAGGAACCAGGUGAAGACCAAGCAGGGCGUUACCCGUGGGUUGUAUGAUGGCCCUGUGUACGAUGUUGUUCCUACUCCCAAAUAUAUUACUCCUGCUCCGUCAGCCAAAACUUCACCCACCUCUCACCAACCCCCACCAAUACGCAAUCUUCACCAGUCCAACUUUAGCCUAUCAGGGGCACAGAUUGAUGACAACGUCCCUCGUCGGUCUGGCCACCGUAUCGUAGCACCCCCCGGUGGUCGCUCCAACAUCACCAGCCUUGGUUGAACACUUGACUGUGCACAAAGUGUGGUUGUUGUGGGGUUUCACCUCUUGAGUGUGUGUGUGUAUGACUGAGAGUGUGAGCACAGCUGGCAUGAAUGAAUACCUUUGUAUUUAUUUUUUUGGUACAAUGGUGACACGCUCUUUUUAAAACCUUUAUGAUUUUUAUCCGUUUGCCUUGAGUCAUAGUGACGAAGCACACGAAUACUUCCAAUACAAAGAAGAGUGUGAUUUACAAUCAACCAAGUCCUUCAGAAUAACUCGCAAGCUCACAAUUGAGGCACUCACACACACACACACAGAUCCAGUGUCGGACCCCCUCCAAGCACCCAAAUGUGACCCCGGUGUUAUGUCAUAAUGUUAUCUCCUCUCCCGUGAGCAUGACUUCCUCCUUAUACCUCCCAUGUCUUACUGUGUGGGUCUGCUCAGACACGGUGCUCACAGAUUUCUUCCUCUUGCAUCUGUUUUCCAACAUCUUGGCAAUAUUUGUUUCAGUGUGGCUCAAGUGGAUCAGUUAUACAUAUUGCAUGGACAAGUCUUUAGAUGUUGCACUAAUUGUGGUUUAUUGUUGCAAUGGAGGAACACUUCAAAUUUGUACUCAAGGCACAUUUGUAUUCUGAAGCGCAGAUAUAUUCUUAUUCUGGUAAAUGUAUGUUUUGGACACAUAAUGACAUUCACUGUGGAUAGAGCCAGCUGUUACUAACUCCAAAACACAUUCAAUCAUCUUAACAUUACUGUGAAUUUCAAUGAAAGCAAUGCAACUUCCUCUCCACCAUCAGAUCCUAUAUGCAAAUGUGUCAAUACUCUCCUAUAACGUGUGAAACGUAGAUGAGCAGUUGGUGCAAACGCAACACUAGCUGCGCACUGCAAAAUGAAUUUCUAGAUUGCUGUACCUACAUAAUAGAGUUUUACUGUAAAGACUUGAUGAUGUGUGUGAUAGUUUUUCUGCCAAUCACUCAUGCCAGGAAUAGAUCUUUGUUGUAAUGCUCGACUCACUGCUGUAAAAGGGCUUCAGCUCCCACCCUUGCUCUUUAAAACUUCACAGAGAAUCUUUUUAAGCUGUUUUUAAUUUUAUUUGAUUGAUUCUUGAUGUUUUCUUGGUACAUUUAGUGUUUCUAUGCCACUCUGUUUUGUUGCUGUUGUCUGGU